CAUACUGUGUGCAGGAUGCACAGACAGCUGUCUCACUGAAAACAUCCCAAACACCGUUUAUUGUCACUUUUAUCCAAACAUGCGUGACAGGCAGGCGCGCGUGCACGAUGCCUGAUCGAUCGGCCGUAUCUGAAACGUAUCGAUCCGGCUCGUGGAGGAAGUGUAUCGGAUUUAAACAUGAGCAAUGAGAGUGGAGCUGCUGAAUGGACAGGCUAACUGCGAGCUAACAGGCUAACGGUCAGUAUGAAGACGGUUUAAUAAACUUUAUCAACACUUUGACUCGGGGACAAUAACUGAAGACAACAUGGACUCGCUGCUGGACUUUGAGGAGUGUGUCAAAGACUCACCUGACUUCAGACUGAAGCUCGAGCUGUUCGAGGCGGAUGUUUCUGUGCUCGAGACACAACUAAACAAGGUGAUGAAGCUGUGCAGUAAGAUGGUAGAGGCGGGACAAGCGUACAGCGCAGCCAAUCAGCUGUUCCUGAGCGGCCUGGCUGAACUCUCCAUGCACCACAAGAAGGAUGGCGUCAUCACAAACUGUCUGAACCAGUUCAACCAGGGCCUUCAGGAGAUGGUGAGCUUCCACACUAUGUUGUUUGAUCAGACUCACAGAGCCAUCAGCCAGCAGCUGACCAACCUCUGCACACAGUUCCUGCCCCAGCUGGUGGAGACCAGGAGGGAGUUUGUGCGGAUCGGUGAGGAUGUGGAGACGGCGGCGCUGAAGAGCGCUCAGGUGUCUCGACACAAAGCUGCUGACGCAGAGCGGGCCAGUCACCUGCUGCUCGCCACGCGCAAGUGCUACCAACACUUUGCCCUGGACUACUGUCUGCAGCUCAACACUUUCAAGACUCAGCAGAGAGUCGACAUCUUGAACUCAAUGUUCUCCUUCGUCCACGCUCAGUUCACCUUCUUCCACCAAGGCUUCGACCUCCUCAGGGACCUGCAGCCCACCAUGAGGAUCAUGGCAGCCCAGGUGCUCUCCUCUGACCCGCUCUGCCUUUCACACACUUCACCUGUCAUCAUGACGAGCACAACGACCACUGAUGAUGCAACUUAAGGGGACAGUACUGAUGUUAUGAAGUGUGUUUGUGUGAGGUACUUCUACACACUCUGUGUGUUACUACAGUAGACGGAGUCAGGCGGUCCUGCUGUUAUCUGUGAUCUCUACAAAC